AUGCUGAAACUGGCUAAACUCCUCCACGCCAAAGGCGUCCACGUCACCUUCGUCAACACUGUCUACAACCACAAUCGCCUCCUUAGGUCCCGUGGACCCAACGCUCUUGCUGGACUUCCUUCCUUCCGGUUCGAGACCAUCCCUGACGGUCUACCGGAGACCGACGUGGACGCCACGCAGGACAUCACGGCUCUUUGCGAGUCCACCAUGAAGAACUGUCUAGCUCCGUUAGAGGAGCUUCUUUGGCGGAUUAACGCCAGAGAUGAUGUCCCUCCCGUGAGUUGUAUUAUAUCGGACGAUUGUAUGACUUUUACUCUUGAUGCUGCGGAGAAGCUUUGCAUCCCGCAUGUUCUAUUUUGGAGCACAAGUGCUUGUGGCCUCAUGGCUUAUUUACAUUUUUAUCACUUUAUCGAAAAGGGUUUAUGUCCAGUAAAAGAUGAGAGUUUCUUGACGAAGGAAUACUUGGACACCGAUAUAGAUUGGAUACCAUCUAUGAAAAAUCUAAAAUUAAAGGAUAUUCCCAGCUUCGUCCGUACCACUGAUCGUGAUGAUAUCAUGCUUAAGUUUACACUCCACGAGGUCGAGCGAGCCAAACGUACUUCUGCUAUCAUACUCAACACAUUUGAUGACCUAGAGCAUGAUGUCAUCCGGUCUAUACAUCCCAUUUAUUCUCCGGUUUAUUCAAUUGGACCGCUUCAUCUUUUAGCUAACCGGGAGAUUGAGGAUACUAGUGAGGUAGGAAGGAUGGGAUCAAAUUUAUGGAAAGAAGAGACAGAAUGUUUGGACUGGCUUGAUACUAAGACUCCAGACAGUGUCGUUUAUGUUAACUUUGGGAGCAUAACUGUCACAAGCGCCGAGCAGCUUGCUGAAUUUGCUUGGGGUUUGGCAAGAAGUAGGAAGGAGUUUUUAUGGGUGAUCCGACCAGAUUUAGUGGCUGGAGAGUCAGCAAUGGUUCCACCAGAGUUUAUAGUUGAGACAAGGGACCGGGGUAUGAUGGCUAGUUGGUGUCCUCAAGAAAAGGUUCUUUCCCACCCAGCAGUGGGAGGUUUCUUAACUCAUUGCGGGUGGAACUCAAUUUUAGAGAGUCUAUGUGGUGGUGUACCGAUGAUAUGUUGGCCAUUCUUUGCAGAACAGCCAACGAAUUGUAAAUUUUGCUGUGAUGAGUGGGGAGUAGGGAUGGAGAUCAGCGAAAAUGUAAAGAGUGAGGAGAUUGAGGUGGUGGUUAAAGAGCUGAUGGAUGGAGAGAAGGGAAGGAAAAUGAGAGAGAAGGCUAGGGAAUGGCGCCGCUUGGCCGAGAAAGCGACAGAAUCUAAAUAUGGUUCCUCGGUUAUAAACCUUGAGACGGUUGUUAGCAAGGUUCUUUUGAGACAGGGAUCAGAGGAUUAA